AGCACAGGGAUGCACGCGAACCAGAUCCACCCAGAUGUCUUUAGCGCGCCACAAAUCUUCACACGCAAAUUAGUAAAUACCCUUUUAUCAUCUUCAAGAACGAAGACGAUCUUGAUGACUUUUGCAAAUAGCACGGCUCGUUGUUGGACACUGAAUAGAAGGAUCUUGGUUGAGGUAUCAAAAGCCGGUCUGUCAAACUGAUCCCGCCCAGCUUGUUGCCUAUCCCUUCAUAGCUCGCAAAGUGCCGAACUACUUAGAACUGAUUUCUGCACUGAUCAACUGCAGUUUUGGAAAGAGAAGCAAAGGUUCCAAAAGUACACUGGCCGUCAAAUAUUGAAUUUCAAUUUUGAAUACAGCGACUUAGAAGACCUAGUUGUAGGUGUACUAGUCGAUGAAAUUGAAGCUGUCCCACUUCUUCAUCUACACCAGCAGCUGUCUAUCGAUGUAAGGAGUAGAAUGUGCUGGUAACAAUUUCUUUCGUGUUUGUCUACUUUGUGAAUUGAAAAAAAAAAGAUUUUUACCUAAGAUCUUUACUCGCCAUAAAAAUGUCAGACGGCGGGCGCGACUUGUCCCUGUCGCGGAGCGCCAAGAACGAAGAGCUAUCCUCGUCGGACGUGGAAAACAAGCAGAAGGCCCCCUCCGCCGCGGAAGAGGACCCCGCGCCGGCGGAAAAGGUUACCGCGAACGGCCAUCAUGAGGAUGAAAAACCCGCGACCAAGCCCGCGGUGGUGUUGGCGCCUGGGGUCGAUUAUGGAUUGCAAAUAUGUCUGGGUCUGGAAACAUGUAAUGCUGAAAGUGAAUCAUAGACGCACUGCAAUACGCAGCUAUGCAUGACAAUUUUUUUGACUGCCAUGUCUUACGUAUUCCGCAUGGCAAACUGUGUUUUUGCGCGACAGGUAAGAGGGCCUUUUCGUGCCUAUGCAACACAGAGUCUUGAGUCAUGCCAGACAAGCAUGACAAGUCUCGCAAUCUUCCAGACCCAGACAUUUUUGCAUUUGAUAUCGAUCCUGAGGUGAUGGCAAUCGCGCUGUCCUGGAACAAAACGGACGAAAUUGGGUAUUACAGUGAAAAAUGCCCCCACCCCCAAAUUUGCAAUAAUUUGUGAUGCGAAGUUUCGAAAUGAGAACUUUUUGUCAUGCAUGAAAGGAACAUGAAUCUUUAUGAUGCAGAGUCUAGGCGUAUAUAGCGUUGCUUGCAUGACAAGCGCCACUCUUGCUGGGAUCUUUUGCAAUACAAGUUUUCGCUAUUCAUCACGUUGGACAUCUGUGAUGCUGGUAGAUGCAAGAGGGCGAGUGUUUCACUUGGAAAGGUUUGCAAUACAAAGACUCCCGAGUUCGGGGGUGGGGGCAUUUUUCAUUGUAAUAUUGGGAACGACCGGCUGCAAGCGCGGGAAAUGUGGUACAAGUGGGCGAACGCCAACGGCAAAAUCUCCGCGGCCUUCGGGGACGUGUGGUAUCAAAUGCAAAAAUGUCUGGGUCUGGAAACUUGUGAUGCUGGGUGGCGUAUCAUGAUGAGGCCACAAGUGCUGGCCCAGCAUGACAAGUUUCUGAGCUUCUAGGUGUUACCUAUUCUGCAUGACAAACUGCGUUCCUGCAUGACAGAAAAAUGGAGCGGUUGGGUAACGUGCAUGACAGAUUCAAGAGUCAUGCCAGACAAGCAUGACAAACAUGCAUUCUUCCAGACCCAGACAUUUUUACAUUUCAUAUGUGGCGGGCACUGACGAAACACCGCGAAGUGGAAAAGGAGCAGAAGGCGAUAUCCUGAGUAAAAACGUACCCACACCAGAGUUGUAAUGCAGAUUUGCAAAGACAGGAAGACUUGUAAUGCGCAUCCCCAUGAGAGCCAUUUCCAGUCGUGUUUUGGAAUUUGUCAUGCUGUGAACAGGAUGAGCAGCUGGAUUUGUGACGCGGCUGCACUUGCUAACCUGCACUACACUGCAGAGUGCAACUUGUCAUGCGUGACUCGCAAAACUCCUAGGUUUGUGUUGCAAAAUCCUCAUCCUAACUCUGGCGUGGGUACGUUUUUACUCAGGAUAGGCGAUCGAGGAGCGGGAGCGGAAGAAAAAGGAACGAGAAGAAAAGCGCAAAGCCAAGGAGGAGGCCAAGCGAGGUUCGUUAGUUUGCCCUGAUGUUGAACAACAUGGAACAAACACUUUCUUUACGUUGAUUUUGGUCGUGUGGUCCAUGAUGGUAUCUAUGGUGAGCUGCAAAGUCUAUCAAACGUCGUGGGGCUAGAAGAUGAAGAAAGACUACUUAUUGAUACAAAUAGGUUACGUACGACUUUGUAUGAGCGGCCAUUCGCUUCGUGAUCCGGAAAAAUUGCCACACAGUUGCCCCCGCUCUUUGGAAAUACAUUCGCAGUGGUCGUUCUCAAAUAAAACUUCGCUCCUCCUAUUCAAAUUCAACAGCUGCCCUGGCCGAGAAGGGAAAGGUGUUGCUGGAAGUGGAUUUACGGAAAAACCCGCACGACAGCAACUUGCCCGAGGACGAAGUGAUCAAGCGGAAGAUGGCCGACGUGGAGAAGUAUCAAAUGUAAAAAUGUCUGGGUCUGGAAACAUGUAAACUUCUGAUGCGUAUUUGAGACCAGAAAAAAAUCUGUCAUGCAUGGACCGCAAAAGUUGCUCAUUUCUUGCCACCAAAAGAGGAAACUUGUCAUGCGGAUUAGGCAUCGCCUAACCUGCUCAAAACCUGUGUUGCUAGGACUUGCACGCUAGACCUUCCGUGUCAUGCACAAACAGCAUCACACUUUUCCAGACCCAGACAUUUUUACAUUUGAUAAGAAGUGGAUCCCAGUUUUCGAGAAGUGCUGCAAGGAGCACACGUUUACGCGCAAGCUCCCCUUCAACAUGCUUCACCUGUCGGACGUGAUGCAAGCCGAAUUCGGCUUCAAGCCCGACACCUCCGUCUGGGACAUCCGCGGCCUCAUGCGGCAAGUCGAGCAAACCUACAAGGAAGACGUACUUAAGUUUUAAUAUGGCCGAUCCUUUUUCAAUAGUUCCUGAUGAUAGAAAGGUUGGUAGAUUUCUUGUUUCGAUUUCAAAUGAUGUCCUCCUUAAACUAUCCCAAUACAACAUUCUCCAGCCCUUUUUCGAGUUCGAAGACGAGGUGAUCACGCGCGCGCGCCAGUCGUCCGCGGGACCGUUUCUCGUGUGGCUGAAGUGGCCGCUACGCAUCGACCUCACGCAGGACCCGAACAAGUACCAGACCCAGUUCUACCAGGGCAAGCACCGGAACUUCGCGGAGGAGCAUAACCCCGACUGGGCCACUACCAAGGCGGUGGGGGAUAUGGGAGCGUCAGGAUUGAAAUCGACAAAGUUGAAAUGAUUUGUCAUGCAUAAAAUGCAAGGCAUGAAGUGCCUGUCUUGCCGGGAUGGCAAGUGAAGCAGAUUGUGAGCCUAUUUAGGGUUUGGGAUAGAGCUGCUAAAGGAGCAUGACAAAAGCAGUCCUCUGUGCCCAAACAGCAUGACAAAUUGGAUUCCGGUGCUCCGAACAUUUGUCAUGCGCCGCUUGGAAAUUGGUGUUCCAACUGGUAUCCGUUUUAUGCAUUACAAAUUAUUUCAACUUGGUCGAUUUCAAUCCUGACACUCCCAUAGGGGACAGCCGGGAGGGCUUCGAGUUUUCCAAAAACGCCAUGAUGGAGCAGUUUGAAAAAACUAUCAAAGUGAAAAAUCCCCCCUCCCCAUAUCGGAAACGGAAGAUGCGCGAACUUGUGAUGGUGUAUUUGAGUACACAAAUCGACUUGUAUUGCUAGAAGGCCAAGAGACGAAGCUGCGGCCCAAAUUGCAGGCAAUCUGUCAUGCUGUUUCCCACUUCCAGUUGCCUCCUGUCAUCGUGGAGCUGCAAGGCUUUCCCAGGCUAGACAGCACUACAGUCUGCGUCUUUUGCCUUCUAGCAUCACAAAGCUGAUUUGUGACCACGAAUCUGCAUCACAGAUUUCCGUUUUGAUAUGGGGAGGGGGCAUUUUUCAUUGUAAUAAAAUCGCUGCAGAAAAUGUGCGACGAGGGGCUGCCCGCACCGCUGCCGCUGCCGGCGAAAGAGGUACUGAUUUCAUGCCAUGCCUUUGCAUGGUUUUAUGCAUGACAAAUUUGCGAACUUCUAUUUUUUUACUUCAUCCCGAUCGCAGCCUGCAGCUAUCAUUUCCAGCACAUGUCAGGGGAUAAGAUAUUGAUGAGGGAUUUUUGAACAACAUACUCGGAUAGAGACACAAUGUUCAUCAAGAUCAAAAAAUACUACAAAUUACGAUGGUAUAAUGGUGUACCAUCUACUUGGAGGUCGCAUACUACCAAGUAAUUUACAGCCGCUCGUCCUGCCUGGUUGUACGACAGCUAUGAAAUAACAAAAACACGGAUGGAAAAGAAACAGGAUUGUUGAAUGAUCACAAUGCAAUGGAUGAAGGCCUCCAUAUUACAAUUUGAAUUUCCAAAACGAAAUAAUUCAGGUGAUGCGUACGAUGUUGAACGAGAAACCGGAGAUGCAGAUUUUGAACUCCGAGUUUAUGCAAACCAGCGACAUGCUGGCGGAGGCUCGCCGCCGGGGAUAUGUCCAGAUGGACCGGGAAGACAUUAUCUGGGUCAAGUUUCCCUACACCAGCAAGACGAACCCGCGACCGAGCAAAAACCCGCGGUUCGCCGCGGGGAAGCUGUCCAACUACGACCUGGACCGCGGGUUCGGCAAGGGCAAGGGCAAAAAGGGGAAGUACGAGUGGGAGCUGAACCGCAAAGACUCGCCGGCGCGCGAAGCCACGGUGCAGACUCGCAACGACGUGGAUAUGCGGGAAAAAAGAAGCAAGAGUCGGGACCGCGGUGACAGGCCGCGGGGUGGUCGGGGUCGCAGCGAUUCCAGGCGCCGCCGCGACAUCGACCGCACUAACGAUGCCCCGAAGAAGGGUGGAUCCCGAUACGACGACGCACCGCAGAGUACUAAACCCGAACGCGGCGGACUCGCGCCCCCGCCCGGGCCCCCGCCGGCCAUUAACAAGUGGGACAACUACGAAACAGCCAAGGAUCGCAAACGUAUAUAUAAUGCGCUGUUUUCUUUACGCUUUUGCUUUGGCGCGAUGAUUGAUACAGAGUUUGGGCCAGUUGUAUCUUUGCGGUUGGACGAAAAUGAAGCUGUACCCUGUUCCGGCCUAUUGAGCAGUACAACAGAGAUUCGCUAUGCUUUAUUUUCAGACGAUCAAAUUCGAAAUUCAAAUUUCAACUUGUCAGCCCCGAAAAGAUUCGAAUCGCGUGGGGAACACCGUCGAGGAAAUAAAAUGCGCGACACCUCAGCACCGCGUGGAGGCCGUGGCGGACCACCGGUAUUGCUUUUCAAGUUGAUAGAUGCCCACCCUUGAUAUGCUAGGAGUAAUAAAUUCUAUGUCUGUGUCAUCGAAAAAUGGAAAUAAAAAUCUCGCAGCAAAAUAACAUGAAACCGCACUGGCAUGCACCUGUGUUUUGAGAUCGUGAGUCCUUGCCUUGGACAACAGGAAAGCAUAAUUCCUUGGCUCAACUACAAACAAGUUUUCCGAAAACACACUACAACAGGAUAACAAGCGUCGUCGUGACAGUCGUGGAGCUGGCGGACGUGACCGCGAGGAGCCGCCCCAGAAGCGAAGACGGGAGGAUUCUCGUGAGCGCAAGGGCAAGGGCAAGGGUCGUGAGGAUUCGCGCGAACGGAAGGGCAGGGGAAAAGGCCGUGACGACUCUCGUGACCGAAAAGGGAAGGGCAAAGGCCGUGAUGACUCUCGUGACCGCAAGGGGAAGGGCAAAGGACGUGACGACUCCCGUGACCGCAAGGGCAAAGGCAAAGACCGCGACGACUCCCGGGACCGCAAGGGAAAGGGGAAGCAGGGGCGUGACGAUUCCCGGGACCGCAAGGGGAAAGGAAAGCAGGAUCGCGACACCUCGCGCGGGCGGAAAGGCGAGAUGACGAAGGGCCGGGAAAAAGAUCGUGACGACUCCCGGGACCGCAAGGGAAAGGGAAAGAACAACCGCUCUCCAUCUACCCGUGAUCGCAAAAACCGCGACCCUUCGCGCGACCGACGACCGCCAACCCCGAAGGGCCGCGGCAAGGACCGGUCGGAAUCUCGCGGUGGUCGCAAGGGCGCAGGAGCACCACCCGCUGCGGGCAAGGAUCGCUCGCGUUCCCGCGACGCACCGGCAGCUGCGCGCGGUGGCCGCAAGGACAGCCGCGGUCCGGCAAAGGGCUCGGGCAAGAGAGACCGGUCGGCCCCGCGAGGCGGUCGAUCCCCACCCCGCGACCGCUCCCCGCCACGAAAUGCUCCGCGGGGCGGCCGCGACACCAGCCGUGGACCGGCGCGCGGCCGCGAGCCGCCGGCCCGGGAACCCGCACGACGCGAUGACCGGGAGGAGCGCGGUCGGCGGGACGAACCCAGAGCGCGGUCCGAAAGACGCGGUGGGUCCGCGAGACGCGGCGGGUCCGAAAGACGCGGCAACGACCGGGACCGACGCCCGCCCAGUCGCGGACGGGGGCGGGACGCGCCGCCGCCACGGGACUCGCGCCGUCGGUGAGGGAGCUGGUGCUGGAUUCGAGUUUGAUCUUUCUCGGUGCGGACGCAGGACGUUGACCAUUUUUUAUGACACGGAUGUCGUGAAAGAAAACACGGCAGACGAACCCUUUUCCCUGAAAAAUUGACGAUUGUACUACUAGAACAAGUAACUACUAAAAUUUUAUAUGAGUAGGAGUUGCAGCUGCGCAUGCUAUGCCUAUCGCAUGAACAAGGGUCAACGACCGAAGCAUCGCAUGAAGGACAACUACGAAGCAGGCAAUAGUACUAUGCAUGAAGGGUCAACGACCGAAAUCCAAGAAAUCAAAUGAUCCGCAAUCACCGCUGUCUGCCGGAGUACGGUAAUUAUAAAGAAGAUGAUUUAAUAAAUGUAGAGCUGGAAAAAUGAAAAUCUUCAACAAAACCACGCGAGAGGCACAAGAUUUGUAUCUAGGUAUUUGCGGCCGGACGCAGCUUCCAACGCAAAAGAUACUAUACUUACAACAGUUAGAGAGUAUGGAGACAGCACUAGCCUCCUCACCGAGUACUUCACCCUCACACAUGAACCCCCCAUGACGAAAAAUUUUUCCCGAAAAAUUUGUAGCCCACCGCCCAACAUUGUUUCACUUUUUGAAAUCAAAAUCAAGUUCAAAAGAUUUGAAGAACAAGUAUAUGCUUGUACGCCAACUUGCAGCUGCAUGUGUCGUGUUUGUAACUUUGAGUGCUAGAUGAAGAGGAGCACAAAGAAGUCUGGUGUGGAUCCUAUACAUCCUGUACAUGCUGUACUUCUUGUUUGCGUUCAUUGGUUC